CUGCGCCACCCGGCCAACAAGCUGGACAGCGAGGAAAACCCCAACCCCCUGGAGGAGGACGCCGGGUACAUCCAGCCCCAGACUGUGCCGUGGGAUGCAGACUUCUUGAUAGGCAUGGCCACCGUGCCGGAAUGCAAGUCCUCGGAGAACGACGAUAUCCUCAGCGUCCUUACCCGCGUGAACCGGGAGGUCAGCAAGGGAGAGUUUCUAAACCACAAGCAAAUGCCAGAGCCCAAGUACACCCUCACGAAGAAGCUGGUGCUCAAAUAUAUUCCUCCGGACUCCACCCGACGUCCGCCGUUCCAGGAAAGCCUCUUCACGUCCCCCUACCGCUGCGAGGUCCGGGACGGACGUUUGUGUACACUGGCUUUGUCCUACAUGACGGGGUCCAUAUCCAGCCACUACGCGACAAAAGCCGUCUUUCUGGCCCUGGGGAUCACGGCGGUGGUCUGCGUGGCCGUCACCGUCUUCUGCUUCCAGACGAAGGUCGACUUCACCAAGUGCCAGGGCCUCUUCUGCGUGCUGGGGAUCGUGAUGUUCGUGACCGGCAUCAUCACAGCCAUCGUGCUGUCCUUCAAAUAUAUGCUGUGGCUUCACAUGCUUUACGCCGCCAUGGGAGCCAUCGCCUUCACUUUGUUCCUGGCGUAUCACACCCAGCUAAUCAUAGGCAACAGGAAGCACUCCAUCAGCCCGGAGGAGUACGUGUUUGCCGCGCUCUCCAUCUACGUGGACAUCGUCCAGAUCUUCAUCUUCCUGCUGCAAAUCAUCGGCUCUUUCAUGAAGUAA